UGGGGACCAGCGUCGGCCUCCCCCGCCGCCGCCAGACGCCGCCGCGCAAGACAGCCGCCGGGCGGGAAGCGGCUAUCCGCAGCAGGCGAUGCCCUAUCAGCAGCAGCAGGGCCUGACACCGACGCUGGUGCUAGCCGUGCUGUCGUCCGCCGUGGGAUCCGCCUUCCACCAUGGCUACCACCUUGGAGUCGUCAACUCACCGCAAGAGGUGCUGGAGUCGUUCAUCAACGAAACGUUGGCGGAACGCUACGGCGAGCCGACGCCGCGCAGCGCGGUGACGCUGGUGUUCAGCGUGUUCGUGGCCGUGUUCUGCGUCGGGGGCAUGCUGGGCGGCCUACUCACCGCCGUCGUGGCCGAGCGGUUCGGCCGCAAGGGCGGGCUCAUGCUCAACAGCGGCCUGGUGUUCGCCGCUGCCGCGCUGCUCACGAUGGCCAGGGGAGCCGCGUCCUGCGAGCUGCUCGUUGUGGGACGCCUGGUCGCGGGAGUGAAUGCCGGUCUCACAGCGGGACUGGCUCCGAUGUACCUGACGGAGAUAUCGCCGGUGCGGUACCGGGGCGCGGCUGGCACCAUCUACCAGCUCGUGCUCACGCUAUCCAUCCUGCUGGCACAGCUGCUCGGUAUCCCCCAGAUUCUGGGAAACGACGAGUUGUGGCCGUACUUAUUCACGCUCACUGUGGUGCCAUCGGUGCUGAUGGUGGUGACGCUGCCUUUCUGCCCGGAGUCGCCCAAGUACCUGCUGCUUGUGCGGGGCAGGCCCAAGCAAGCGGAGGAAGCGCUUAUCCGGCUACGUGGUACACGUGACGUAGACAAAGAGAUGGCCGUCAUGAAGAACGAAGCCGAGGCUGCCGAAUUCGUGCCCAAGGUGACUUUGCCAGAGAUGAUUCGCAACGCUGCUCUUCGAGCACCGCUUAUCGUCUCGUUAAUGGUCAUGUUGGCCCAGCAGCUGUCCGGAAUUAACGCGGCCAUCUUCUUCUCGACGGACAUCUUCAAGACGGCGGGCCUGUCCGCCGAAGGGGCCCUGCGCGCCACGCUCGGCCUGGGCCUGGUCAACGUCCUCAUGACGCUGGUCUCCAUGGUCGUCGUAGAACGUGCGGGCCGCCGGACACUGCUGCUCACUGGCCUCGCCGGCAUGGCGCUCUGCACCGUCGUACUCACCAUCACGCUCGCCCUCAAGGAACACGCUACGUGGGUGUCCUACAUCAGCAUCGCGGGUCUUGCGAUGUUCGUCAUCACAUUCGCUGUUGGCCCAGGCUCGAUACCGUGGUUCCUGGUGACGGAGUUAUUCGGUCAGGGCGCCCGUCCUAUUGCUACCAGCCUGGCGGUGGCCGUCAACUGGGCGGCCAAUUUCGUCGUGGGGCUCGCCUUCCUGCCCCUCAUGGAGGCGAUCGAGCACUUCACUUUCCUGAUCUUCACGCUGGUGCUGGUGUUGUUCUGGGUCUUCAUCUACAAGAAGCUACCGGAGACGAAGAACAAGAGCAUCGAGGCCAUCACCAAUGUUUUCCGCGCGCGAGUCUACCAGGAGGACGUGGCCCUGAACAAGCUCAACGGACGAGCGUGAACUCCAGGCUCGGUGGUUUCUGCAGACUGGUGCACGAGCCGACGCGUGGCUCUGCGGACCCGGCCUGAGCGCAGGACGUGGCCGAAGCUCAGUUCCCGCGCGGUGUGCGUUCAAUCGAAUGGGCUGUCGUGAAACUCGAGGCAGCGAGGAAGAAGGGAGACCGCUGCUUGAGGCGCUGUCACACUAGGAGGAUUGGGCUUCGAUACCGACCAAUCAAUAUUGCGGACGAUCGGUCGACUUGUCAUUAAUGUUGUGGCCAGGAUGGCUUAUCACAAUUAGUAACCACCAACACUAGCAAGACGAACAAUCUGAAAUACCGCCGCCUGACGCCUUUUAUUUCGAAGACGCCACGAAAAGGAACUUAUCGAUGAACCGUAGGUAGACCGACCCCUAUAGGCGUGCCUCGAAACCGCGCCUAGUAUUUUUUAUUAUUUUCCUUGUUAUGCGCACUCGCGUUUCGCUCCACAAGGACAUGAUACGUUUCUUUUCUUAGCAAGCGCAUUUAUUUCAGCACGGCGUGAGCAAUGCGAGCACCCGCUGCAUCGAGAAGUGGGGCAUUGCGGCGUAACGAGCGUGACCGAUGGGAGCUGGGUUCACAUGCAGCAAGCGAUCUUGCGGGUAACCUCGCAGGAACUCGCGACCCGCCCAGCUGUCGCACGCUACCCAUGUGGCGUUCGGUCGACUCACCACUUCUAUGUAAUGUUUCUACACUCCCACCCUCACCCCGCGUCCUCGCGUCCUACACCGCCACAUUGCGGCCCGCAAGAACUUGCCCGUGCGCGUGCACCCCGAAGUUUGACCUGAGUUCGAGGACCCUGAGUUAGCGUCGAAAACAUGCCUGCCGACCACCGGCUCUAGCGGACUCUUAUAGGAUUCAACAACUAUUUGCUAUUGUUGCUGUUAGCGCAAUGCGACAUGGCAGCCGACGUCACGAUAACACGUUGCUGGCAGAAACAGUCGGCCGACUGUCGGUCCUGUGUGACAGCAGUUUUGCAGAGAACGUAGUCCUGCAAAGACAGACCUGCAAUCGCUUUUUCAUGAACGACAUGUUUGGGGAGCGUCUGGGCUGAAGCCACCGGCCGGUCCAAAUCAUCUUAGCAAUCAGCGGGAGCUAAAAGCUUCUGCCUCUUCACCGAUCGACACACGGACACGGAUGAAAGGCACGUGGCCAACGUUCGGCUAAUCCACGUCUUCGUCCAUGGCCAGGACAUUAUUCGAAAGUGUUGUGAGAUAUUUGGUAGUGCGGCGCGUGUUUCUACUACGUCACUCAUGGUGGCUCGGCAAAUAUGUACAUCGAAGAAGCAGCGAACUUGAAGGCGACAAGAACAGGCAUUAGAUCUUUAGUGGGAGCCGGAAAGGCUACAGAUGACACUUUAUCACACGAGCCCGCGCACUUAGGUGCACAAAAUACUCUAUCACGAUCCAUCGAUGCACCGUGAAAGCUAUACAUGUAGCUAUGGCGGACCUUUCCUUUCGAAGGAAGGAGAGGAGAUGGAAGUGGUGAAUUGUUAGCAGAACUAACGUUAUGUUUUACAACACCAAUAUGUUUGUCUAGUUAUCUUAAAAAUGUCGGAUUUGACGCUAUAUGAAUGUCUACAAGGUAACGAUGGCACAAGUAACAAUGAAAAGCCUAUUGGAAUAUGCGAAAAAUAUAGAGAACAUGUAUCCAUGCUAUACAGCUCCAUACUUAAACACAAGCCUUGCCUCGGUUGUUGGAUUAGAGGUAAAUCCUCUUCCUGUCAAUGUAAGAAAAAAACUAACCAUGUAGUGUUCGUACCAACAAGCCCGGCUAGCUACUGUUCUGAAGCUAACCAGACAUUUUCAGCAAGAGAAUCUAGGCAGUAAUCCUAAAGCAGGGGUGUAGAAACUCUGAAUGGUAAACUGCUUGUACAACGUUUUUUCCCCCUUAACCUUUUGGUCGUUUGCUCAGGUGGGCUGCUAUUACGAUGUGGUGUGAUUGAAAUGAUUUCCAUUUCUUUCUUUCUUUAUUUCCGUCCGAACAGCUACUGAAAAUUCGUACCUUAAUCCUUUUCUGUUUCUUCAGCAGCACUGUCGUCGAAUGAGCGAGGUCGUGUGGCAAAUAGUUUGUCCUUUUCAGGUUUCACGUUAGUAAUAUAGGUAGCGAAGACUUGAGAGAUGUUAUAAAAGUAUAUUCACCUCAUAAAGUAAAUACUUUAUCUAAACGCCAUAGACGUGUCUCGAAGUAAGAGGUUAGGUUUUCGUGUGGAUUACGCAUAUUAUUUAGUUUUACUUCACGAGUCUGCCACAAAAGCAGUUUACACUUCGCGGCAAAUCAGAUCUGCGGAAAUCUUCAAGGUGAAGGAAGCUCUAGAAUGAGCAAAACAUUUUCGCCUGCCUGACAGUAGCUUCUUAACUUAGCAGUUAAGAAGCCUGUCUAGCGCUCAUCGCUCAGUAACAGUAGCUUAGUUGCUUCUCGCUGCCAUCGGCUUGACGGCAAUUUUUCUCUUUCACUAAUUUACGCUUUGUUUCGUUUCAUUUUUCUGCAAGUGCCAAGAGAGGUACAGCCUAAGUCGAAGCCCUGUCAUCGUUGCGAUUUCUCUGUCUGCGUUCGAUGGGGAUGAAAUGCGAAAACACCCGUGUACUUAGAUUAGUUGCACGUUAAAGAACCCCAGGUAGACCAAAUCUCCGGAGUCCCUCACUACGGUUUGCCUCAUAAUCAGAUUGUGGUUUUGGCACGUACAAUCCCAUAACUUAAAUUUUACGUAUCUGCGUUUACGUAGAUACGCACUGUUUUUACAAUGUAUUGAAGAUCAGGGCGCGUGAAAUCUCAUUUUAUUAUCAGCAAGCCACAUAUACCCUUAUAGCAAGCAUAAGUAGCAACAUUCAGCAUUCUAGAAGUGGCGUGUUUUGUGCAUUACGGUUGUCUUGAAAGCUCUGGCCAUAUUGGAUCAAAAUUGCAAGCUUGGGAACGUUGUCUUCUUUUGUUGGACGGCAUGGAAAGAAAUAAGGCAAUAAGGUGAUUGCGAUACCAAGUGCUUCUGUAUCCUUAAGCAAAAUGAUCUUUGGCCUGCGUACUAUGAAGAUAAAAGAAUUCAAUGUUCAACAAAACAAAAUAAAGAAAUUGCAGAAAGGGUAAGUAGCUUUCUUGAUAAGUUUCUUGACUUAUCGCCUCAAGCUAUUUCCUAAACACCCUGCCUCACGUAUAGUAUCCUCACGUAACCUUUUGCCCAAAGCUUCUCUCACAAACUGCGCUUGUUCGCCCCGACGUAAGCAGCAGAAAUGCUGCUCCUGCAGAUGAACAACCACGGACAUAGUCAUCUCACCGGAUCCAAUGUUUCUAGCAGAAGGCAGUAAUUCCCCGCAAAAUUUGUGUCGCACGCAACGUGCCUGUUGCUGACAGGGUAAAGCGCAAGCAUAAGUCUGUUAUUCUAUUCAUACUUCUCUUUUUCAUUUAUUCACAUUCAACAUUCAAAAUUCAUGAUUGUUAUGCAGGACUAAGAAGUACAAAGAAGUGCCUCAGCUGGCUUAGGCAUCUUAGGCCGCUGGCAUAUUUCCUACUAUUUUUGUACAAUAAUUGACAAGAAAAAUAAACAUGUGUGUUGUA